AUGGCGCGGGUGCUGGUGGUGGGCGCGGGGCUGACGGGCGCGGCGGGCGCGGCGCUGCUGCGCGGGGCUCCGCGGGGACAAGUGGCCGUCUGGGACAAAGCGCGGGGCGCAGGGGGCCGCAUGAGCACGACCCGCGCCGACCGCGGCAGCGCCGACCUGGGCGCGCAGUUCGUCACCUGCGAGCCGGAGCUUGCGGGGCCGCGGCUCAGCUUCUACGAGGAGCUCGUGUCUCACGGCAUCCUGAAGCCACUGACCACUCCCGUGGAAGGAAUGGUGGUGAGAGAAGGCUCCCGCAAUUACGUGGCACCCCAGGGCAUCUCCUCGGUUGUCAAGUACUAUUUAGAACAGUCAGGUGCAGACGUGUCCUAUGAGCAGCACGUAACUCACAUCUCCCUGCGGGAUGGGAGGUGGGAAGUCUCCAGGAAAGCAGGGCCCCCGGAGCAGUUUGAUGUGGUGAUUCUCACCAUGCCUGUCCCCCAGAUCCUCCAGCUGCAAGGUGACAUUGUGAACAUAAUUAAUGAAAGUCAAAAGCAGCAACUGGAAUCUGUGAGCUACUCAUCCCGCUACGCCCUGGGGCUGUUUUAUGAGGCUGGGACAGGGAUUGCUGUUCCCUGGGCUGCUCAGUACAUCACUGAUAAUCCCUGCAUACGCUUCAUCUCCAUCGAUAACAAGAAGCGCAAUAUAGAGUCUCCUGAAGUUGGGCCCUCGGUCGUGGUGCACACGACUGUGACCUUUGGAAGCGAGCACCUGGACUCAGACCCUGCAGAGGUGCAGCAGGUCAUCCUCAGCCACCUGCAGAGGAUUGUGCCCUCCCUGCCUAAACCAAGCAGCAUCAAGUGCCAGAGAUGGAGAUACUCCCAGGUUGGACACCAGGAGGGAUUUCUCCAUGGAAAGGGUGCUCAGGCCUUGGCAGGGGCUGCCCAGGGAGGUUUGCAGUGCCCAUGGCUGGAGGUGUCCAAGGAAGGGCUGGAGGUGGCACUGAGUGCUCUGGGCUGGGGAUAAGGUGGGCAUCGGGCACAGCUGGGACUCCAUGGGCUGGGAGGGCUUUUCCAGCCUCAGUGAUUCCGGGAUUCUGUGAUCCCAGAAACAGGAGGUUCCCUUUCCUGUGUUGAAACAGUCUGGGAUUUUGCAAGCCCCACUUUGCUGCUGUGAGAUCACCCUCAUACCUUUUUAGAUCUCUACAGCAGGGUCAGACAAGUCGUAUCUCCUGAGACGGUCUGAGAGUAAAACAGAAGAGGCUGUAAAGUUUCCAAAUUUCCACACACAAUAAAGUUUUACUUAUGCAACUGCCAGAAAUAAGUAUUUUACUAUGGUACUUCGAUGGUUAAUGUUUGGAUCUGCCUUUUGGAUUGGGAGGCCAGGCUGGACAGGGCUUGGAGCAGCCUGGGAUAGUGGAAGGUGUCCCUGCCCAUGGAAGGGGGUGGAAUGGGAUGAGCUUUGAGG